AUGCUCUUUGGUAAUAAUAAUUCGCCGCUGGCAUUGAACUUCAACCUCUUGACCACCGGGAACCAAUCGACCAUCAAACUCUUCGAUCUAGCAAGACACGACGAGUUCGAGUUCGACGGCUCACUAUCGCGGAAUGACAUCUACUUUAGUGACAACGUGCACUUCGACCACGCCAUCUGGGCAACCGUUGCUAAGAACCUCGGUCUUUACGACACCCUAGGCUCUUCCAUGAAUCAAUAUAUUACUGUCGAGAGCGCGUUUCAAGCCUACAUAGCACGCGUGGCCGAUGCCAAGAGAGUCAACCCCAGCUUUAAUGCUUCAGUCAUACAGGUUAUGGGCAACCCUGGGACCACAGCUCUUUAUUUGGUAACAUUGUGGGAUGAUAAUGCAGGUGCCGCUCCAAAAUCUUGGGUUCGGGCUUUGUUUGAAGAGGAGCGUAUCCCUUAUCUUGAGGGAUACAAAGUGCCUAAAUUCUCAGGGAUGAUGGAUGAUGUUAACAAAAUGGCAAACAGAGUGUCGGCAGUUGAGGUUAAGGUCUAG